CUGGAACCAGCAACUAUUGCCAGUUUUAAUUACAUCGGAUGUUACACCGACCUUGCCGGCGGCAUUACUCGCUCUCUGAGCUCUGCUGCGUUUGCAUAUGAUCCUAUGACCCUCGAGUCUUGCGCUGCUAACUGCGCCAACUAUGAUUUCUUCGGGACUGAGUAUGGGCGAGAAUGCUAUUGUGGCUACACCUUAGACCCUACACUGAGGGCUACUGAGAGCGACUGCAACACACCUUGCUCCGGAAACUCUUCAGAAAUUUGUGGAACGGGUGCUCGCCUAUCUGUGUACCAGAACCAGGUCUAUAUUCCCCCUCCUUCUCCGCCUGCGCAUGAGGCACAGUCCGGAAACUACAGCUGGCAAGGAUGCAUUAUGGAAGUCACAAAUGGUGGACCUCGCGCGUUGUCUGACUUUGCCUACUACAAUGACACAAUGACUGUCGAGGCUUGUGUUAACGCAUGCUCUGCAUACACUUACGCCGGCAUCGAGUAUGGACGUGAAUGCUACUGCGGCAACACCAUCAACCCCGGAGGUGGUCCGGCGCCAACAACUGACUGCAGUUUCCUCUGUCCUGGAAACUCACUCGAGUAUUGCGGUGCAGGUUCUAGGUUA